AUGAUGCUUCGAUUGCUGUGUUUGCUUCUAGCUCCAUUGGCAUGCUCUGCCUCUGCGGAAGCUGUCAAGUAUACCUCUUGGGACGAUGUGAGUUGGGCAAUUACUCGCAAAGAUAAAUUGGCAUUCCCCCAUCAUCAGCAGCUCUACAAUGACUACAUGGCCGCUUGCAAUCGAGAAACGAGAGGUCAGUGCCAAGCAGGUGAAGACUAUCGAUUGAGAAUGAAUAAAGAUCAACCCGGUGGUGUUUACAAUUUUACAGAGACUGGCUUUGCCAAGAUCCGUGCUCCCAAGGCGCUCUUUGAUUUGAUUAAUAACUUUUGGAUCCAGAACAAGGGCAAAGAGACGAUUGAAUGGAAAUCGGUUAAUUCCUAUCACAACAUGUGGACAUCACCGCCGCAUUUUGUGUCGAUGGAAAGUGCCGAAUUUGGAGGUGGAGACGAAUUACAACGACAAGUCUGGAAGGAAGCACGCAAAGUCUUGGAGGAAUGGACGAACCAACGAUUGUCGCCCGUAUCCAUGUACGGGGUACGAGUCUACAAGAAUGAUUCCAUUCUGGCGCCUCAUGUCGAUCGCAUGCCGUUGGUCACGUCGUGUAUUAUCAAUCUCGAACAAGAUUUGGAUGAAGAAUGGCCUCUGGAAGUCUUUGAUCAUCAAGGAAAUGCUCACAACGUGUCAAUGGUUCCUGGUGACAUGGUCCUUUACGAAUCUCAUUCCGUGAUCCAUGGACGUCCUUUCCCCAUGAGAGGACGGGCCUAUGUCAACGUGUUUUUGCAUUUUGAACCCAUCGGACCAUUGGAUGACCCGGAAAAGGCAGGACCUCAUGCCGAUGGACUCCCUCCCUACGUCAUUGCUGGAGGUCAAUGGGAUCGGGAAGCACGAAAAGUUGGAAAAUGGGAGGUGCUCGACAGUGUACCUCGGGCUAUCAACCGUGGCGAUGUGCGAGCUUUGGAAUAUAUUGCCAUGAACAUGCCAGAAAAAAUUACAAUGAAAGACUACAACGGCUGGGAACCCAUUCAUGAGGCGGCAUAUGCUGGAAAUUUGGACGCGUUGAAAUUACUCGUCGAUAAUGGAGCCAGUCUUUGGUCCCAAGUUGGAAGACCCGGGGACACCCCAGGUCCAAAUGUAUUGGGAAUUGCCCAGCUCAAUGACGAAAACAAACCAGAUUCCCCUGUCAUGGUGUAUCUCAAGGAGCAAAUGGUGGAUUCCGAAUUGUAG